ACCUCCCUAGUUGGCAGCAGCACCCAGUCAUCACCACCGCUGAUUUCGUUUCAUGGUCCCUGGACUCAUGUCAGUAUCGGACGUUGGCAGUCGACGACUGAAACCCGAAGAGACAAAUGUGGAUCGCCACGCGGGGUUCUUUGCGCGUGGAUGAACUAUGAAGGUACCUAUACAGCACCAUGGACCACUGACUGACCUGGAGUGCUGUUCGACCUCUCCUUGAGAAGAGGAUUCUAGCCCCAACGUUUCUACAUUUUAUACAGUCACUGGAACCCUGACUACCAUAGAGGCAAAGAAAUAUUGACAAUGUUUCAAGCACCUGGGGUGUCAAGAGAUACCAGCAUAUUUUUCUUUUUUAUCAUUUAGUAGAGGAUUUCAAAUCACACCUACGCGGUUUUCAGAUUUUUUUCUCUAACAGACACACAAGGAAGGUGUCAAGAAGAUAGGUGACAAGUAAGACACCAAAACAGUUGACAACUGUCGGGAGGGGAAAACCAAACAAAGCAAACAAAAUGGAGACGUUGCCCCCGGACUCCAUCUUGGAGUGCCAGAUCUGCUUCAACUACUACAGCCCGCGGCGGCGGCCCAAGCUGCUGGACUGCCACCACACCUGCUGCUCCGUCUGCCUCACCCAGAUGCGCUCGGGAGCGCGCGAGGUCCGCUGCCCCUGGUGCCGCCGCAUCACCAGGCUGCCCGCCGGCCUGACCUCUGUCUCCCAGCUGCCCGACGACCCCGACCUGGUGGCCGUGGUGGCCAUCCCCCACGCCUCGGAGCACACGCCCGUCUUCAUCCGCCUGCCCAGCAACGGCUGCUACAUGCUGCCCCUGCCCAUGGCCAAGGAGCGGGCCCUGCUGCCGGGGGAGCUGGGCUGCCGGCUGCUGCCCGGCGGAGCUCCGGGCCUCGGGGGUGGGAGUGGGAAGGGCGGCAGCGGAGGAGGGAUGGCUGUGCUGGCCAUCCCAGAGCAGGAGCAACUGGGGCUGGGCAGUCUGGAGGGCCUGGAUGGUCUGGAGGAGGGCGAGAGGAGAGGAGGUGCGAUGGGAGGAGGUGGUGGUGUUGGCGGUGGUGGGGGAGGGAUGGGUGGAGGGAAGGGCUCCACGUGGUCGGGGGUGUGCACGGUCAUCCUGGUGGCCUGCGUGCUGCUGUUCCUGCUGGGCAUCGUGCUCCACAACAUGUCCUGCAUCUCCAAACGCUUCACCGUCAUCUCCUGCGGCUGAAUUAGACACACACACACUCUGCCACACACACGCUGACGUUCUGCUGUGUGUUUGUGGGAGACCCAUAAUUACUCCUUGAAAAUGUAUCCUCACGAACUUGUGAACACACUCUCUCUCUCUAUCUCUCUCGCUCUCUCUCUCUGUCUCUCUCUCUCUGUCU